AUAACACUGGCUCAUGUGUGACUUCGUGUGGGACUCUUAAGAGCCCACGAGGGAUCUCCCACGGGUGCCUUCCCAUUGCACCAGGAGGAGGCCCUGAUGACCCCAACUUCCCCAGCCAAGGACCACCGACCUGAGGGUCCAGACCCCGAAGAGAAUCCAGAGAGAUGCGGUGGCUGGAGAGGGCAGAGUUGAAGCUGUGUAACCCUCACUCUCACUGGAGAGAUCUGGCCACCUGGACAUACAGUCAUUGUCAGGACUGAGGACUGCCAGGGGCCAGACUGGAUGCAGAGUCCCUAGAAGGGUAGUGUCCCUUCCUUGGGUGGUAACACUUAGACCCCAAGAAUCUGCACAGUGAGUCCACCUCCAGUGAGAAUUGAGAUGUCUCCUACAGUCCCUCACCCCAGUACCCUGCUCUACCUAUAGCUACAAAAGCAAUCCGGGCAUGGGAGGACCUGUCCCAGGCCAAAACCUGCUGAGAGCUCCUCAUACCUUCUCAGCAGGUGACAGGGUUCUGGUGCUGGACAGCGCCAGCUUCCCCUCCUGCUGGCCUGGCCCGUGCAGCGCUUCCCCAGGGACCUGUGCUCCCCAAGCUCCGCAGCUCCACACAGCCAGCUCCUUUUGCUGCAGGAGUAGCCUGGGCAGGACCACGAGGGCCAGCCAGUCCCCAGGGCCUGCCCCCGUGUUGCCGCCUCCCAUCUGCCCUGUGUGUAGCUUAUCAGGUAACCAGAGCCGGCAGCUGCGUCCACGCCUGAAACAGGAAGCCUGGCUGAGCCUGUGCACAAGUCACCAAGAACUGGGCCUGAGGAUGGAGGAGCAGCAGGCAUUGGUGGCCUCCAAGGACGGGGAUGUAGCCACCUUGGAGAGGCUGCUUGAGGCUGGUGCCUUGGGCCUGGGCUUCACCGAUUCCUUGGGGGCUGGCCUGGUACACCAUGCCACCCGGGCUGGCCACCUGGACUGCGUCAAGUUCCUGGUGCAGCGGGCCAAGCUACCCGGCAACCAGCGGGCCCACAAUGGGGCCACACCAGUGCACGAUGCUGCAGCCACGGGCAACCUGGCGGAGCUGUGCUGGCUGGUCCGCGAUGGGGGCUGUGGGCUGCAGGACCAAGAUGCCUCAGGUGUCUCCCCACUGCACCUGGCCGCCCGUUUUGGACACCCAGCACUGGUGGAGUGGCUGCUGCAAGAGGGCCACGCUGCCAAUCUGGAGACACUAGAGGGGGCCUUGCCACUGCACCACGCUGCUGUCAGUGGGGAUCUGACCUGCCUGAAGCUCCUGACAGCGGCCCACAGCAGCGGUGUGAACCGGCGGACCCGCAGUGGCGCCUCUCCGCUCUAUCUGGCCUGCCAGGAAGGCCACUUGCACCUGGCGCAGUUUCUGGUGAAGGACUGCGGGGCCGACGUGCACCUGCGCGCCCUCGAUGGCAUGAGUGCCCUGCACGCCGCAGCCGCCCGUGGCCACUACUCACUGGUCGUCUGGCUGGUCACAUUCACCGACAUCAGCCUGACAGCGCGGGACAAUGAGGGGGCCACAGCUCUGCACUUUGCCGCUCGGGAUGGCCACAUGCCCAUUCUAGACCGACUUCUGCUGAUGGGUUCCCCCAUCAUGAGAGACUCUUGGGGUGGGACCCCCCUCCAUGAUGCAGCUGAGAACGGGCACCUGGAGUGCUGCCAGAUGCUGCUCUCCCACCAUGUGGACCCCUCUCUGCGGGAUGAAGAUGGCUACACAGCAAUGGACCUGGCUGAGUACCAUGGACACCGGGACUGUGCCCAGUACCUGAGAGAGAUGGCCCGGCCGGUGCCAGUCCUGAUGGCGCCCCCGCCCCCACCAUUCCCACCCCCACCACUGUCGGCGGCGAGGCUCUCCCAGGAGGAAGGAAGAAGAGGAGGAUCAGGGCUUGAAAACCCCCCGUCUGCAACGCUCAGCCUGGCCUGCCCCGGCCAGCCUGUCCCAAGGGAGCCAAUAGCCUGCACAGCCCCACCGAGGGUCACCACCAGUGCCCCGACUGCCUCCAAGGAGCCAGAGAUGGAGGUGGUGGACUCCCCUGGCAGCCUGGCCAGUCUGAAGCUGGAUGAGCUGCCUUCAGGGGACCUCGACGGGCUGGUGCCCACGCAGGACGAGCGGGGCCGGCCCAUCCCUGAGUGGAAGCGGCAGGUGAUGGUGCGGAAGCUGCGGGCACGCCUGGGGGCGGACCUCCCACCUGAGGCCCAGGAUGACAACGGGACCUCGGGCCCUACCCCUGCAGAGCAGGCUGCCUGGCGCUACUCACAGACACACCAGGCCAUCUUGGGCCCUUUUGGGGAGCUGCUGACGGAGGAUGACCUGGUCUACCUGGAGAAGCAGAUCUCUGACCUGCAGCUCCGGCGCCGCUGCCAGGAGUAUGAGUGUGAGCUGGGCCGACUGGCCGCUCAGCUGCAGGCCCUACUGCCCGAGCCCCUGGUCAGCAUCACCGUCAACAGCCACUUCCUGCCUCGGGCUCCCGCCCUGGAGGACGAGGCAGCCCCGGCCCGGGCAGCUGAGCCCGAGGCCCCCGCAGAGACCCGGAAGGCUGAGCCCAGCGGGCAGCCCUUGCCCUUCUGGUGCAGCCACAUCGGCCGCCUGGUGCGCAGUAUGUCACUGCUGCUGAAGGGCAUGAACGGGCUGGCACAGGCCGAGGAGAAGCCCGCCGCUCAGGUCUCACAGGACACCGACCGGGAGGCCCCAGCCAGGGACCCCCGGAGCGAGGCCCAGAGGGAGAUCCAGGGAUGGGGGGUGUCCGUGCGGACGCUGCGCGGCAACUUCGAGUCAGCGCCCUGCCUGCGCGACUCAGAGCCGGGCGCCUGUGAACGCGGGCAGCCGCCCGGGCAGUGCCCAAGAGUCUGCUGGUCGGCACCCCCGCCACGCCAAGGCAGCCCAGUGGGUGGAGAGCCUGGACUGGGCUACACCGAGGAGGCCAGUGACUCUGGCAUCAGCUGCGAGGAGGCCCUGUCGGAGGCUGGCGCGGGGACGGGCCUGGACCUGGGCAGCCUGCGCAAGGAGCGCAUUGUCAUGCUCUUCCUCAGCCACUGGAAGAAGUCCGCCUACACACCUGCCCUCAAGACGGCUGCCUGCAGGACCCUGGAGGCCCGCCGCUCCUGCCCCAGGGGCCCGGAGGCCGCCAUGAGCCCCGAGCCGCCCGCCCCGCCCAGUGAGGGUGCCCGGCUCGGCCACCUGUGGCAGCAGCGCAGCAUCAUCGCCCACUUGUUGGGCAACUGGAAGGCCAUCAUGGCUCACGUGCCAGCCCGGCAGCUGCGGAGGCUGAGUCGGAGGCCCGGUGGGCCCCUGUCUCCAGAGCAGUUCCUGCCCCACGUGGACGGGGCACCCGUGCCCUAUGGCAGCCUCUCACUGGACCUCUUCAUGCUUGGCUACUUCCAGCUCCUAGAGUGUGACCUGCCGGCUGAGGAGCGCAAGAUGCGCCACCUCCUCUGCUUUGAGGUCUUCGAGCACCUGGGCACCCACGGCUGGGAGGCUGUGCGUGCCUUCCACAAGGCUGUGACCGAUGAGGUGGCCGCUGGCCGCCGAGCCUGGACUGAUGGCUUUGAGGACAUCAAGGCCCGCUUCUUCGGCUCCAGCCAAGGUCUUGCCUGGGACUCAGAGCCAGGCCGUAAGUCAGGCCUGACCCCACUCGGGCCCCUGCCACAUGCCGCCUCCCCCCGCAGCGUCCCAGGGCCCAUGGGCCCUAGGCUGGGAUCUGGCUCCCAGCGGGGCAGCUUCAACAGUGAGGACAUCUGUGGCUACAUCGACCGGAGCUUCGCCUUCUGGAAGGAGAAGGAAGCCGAGAUGUUCAACUUCGGAGAGUAACGGGCAGCAGCUGCUUGGUGGAACGGGGCUCCGUAGAAACCUAGAGUUCCAUUCUUCUUUUUCUUUCCUGACCCAGAAAUUUUUGUUCCUUGAUGCCCUUUCUGGUGCCCUUCUCUGAGUGGCAACAUGGCGUCAUAAUCCAUCCAUCAGACAGCCCUGAAGCAGGGUGACUGGCCCUUCUGCCCCUGUGCUCCCCUGCCAGCCUAUUUCUGGUAGCCACUGGUGUCCUGUCCCUCAGCUUCCUGGUGUGGUGGUCUCAGGCACACCCAAAGUCCACACCUACCUUCCUUGGGGCCUUAGGGGCCAAACCCAGGUCCAAGCCCUGUUCUGUUCCUUCUGGCAACCUACCAUCUGCUAAAGGGAAGGGAAGUCUGGGCUUGGAGAGUAGUGUCCAUAGUGAGAGGAUCCAUCUGAGAGACUUCCAGGGGUUCUCUGGGCCCAACCCUUAUUCACCUGCUGGUCACUCACAGCUGCCCACUCUGGUGCCACAGAGGACCUAGUCCCCAACAGAAUGCUUUCUGUGAGGCCCCUGUCUCCCAACUAACAUGCUCCUCCCAAGGCUGGAGGCAGUGGCAGGGCUCCAGGAGCCACGAGAGCAGAGACACCAGGAAUGUCCUUAGGAGAAUCGUAGAACAAUCCUCAGAGCAAGGGAUCCAGCACUCUCUGAAGACAAGUUGAGCUGCUGGGCCUAGAGAGCCCACGGCAAGAGUGGAGCAGCCAGGGGUGUUCACUCAUAGGGCACCCCUUCUCCAUGUGGGCUCAGGGACAAGGGAGAGAAGUUGCGCACCCUUGGGGCCCCCAGGUACCUGGGAUGGCUGACUGUGGGGUGUGGCUUGCCCCCAGCUCCUCAUAGUUGUCAAAAGAAUGGACUCAGUUGGAACCUGUGAGGGCUUUGGGACGGGGGCUUUAUGGGGUGACCCCAGUUGGUCACAGGAAGGGGUUCAGGACUUCUACAGUGGCUGCCACUUUUUGUAGUGAGACUCCUUGGGGGAAAGGCAAGUACAAUGGUGACAGGCCACCUUCAGAGGUCUCCUGCCACCUCCUCACAGUGUUUCCCACCUCACUGCUGGGCGGGGGAGCCUUAUUCUGGGACACUUAAAGGGCAGCAGAAAGUUGCCUGGAACAGGGCCAGCAUAGCUGACCAUUGGGGUCCUGUGGAAAGGGACCUUCAGGGAGAUGCAAAGUUGAUAUGGGAGAUGGGUGGCCAGUGCUAACAGGCCACGAAGGACAGUAGCCCAGGCCUUGUUCCAGGCUGCCUACAGCUCUCUCUGGGGUGGCUUUUUCUAAGGCCAAAGAUCCUCUCCUGGACCUGAAACUGGAUGUGUGUUUGCUAACAAAUUCCCUGUCCCUGUCUAGUGCUCACUCUGUGGCUAUUGACCCUGACCCCUGGGAGAGCCACCUGUGUCCAUAGAGACCCAGCUCAUUGCUACAACAGCACCAAGACAGGACUUCAGUCCCACACGGACCUCAACUCUUAAAUGGCAUCCUGGGCCUGCAGGUGCAGAGCUGACAAUGGCCUGCCCAUGGGAGGGUGGGGUAGAAGGUAGGGGAGGGAAGGGCUCUGUCCAGAGGGUCACCAUCAACUCAGACACCUUACUUCUUUAGAGAGAUGCUCCAGAAAUGCCUGUGCCCUGGACUGGGUGGGAAUAAGAAGUGGAUCUUUGGUUCUAAUGGUCAACAGGCUGGGAGGCCUCCACAUAGGUAGAGGCCAACCUCACAGGCCAUGUUGCCACUGUUCAGACCUGCUGGCCACCUGUAAAUAUGUCAUCUAGCUGGCAAAAAUCCACUGAGGACAAAGGUGGCCAGAUGCAGAACAAGACUUCCUGGUGAGUUAAAAAUGUAGGAGUCAGGGCCCUUCCCCCAGCCCAUAAAUAUAAGCAGAAAAACAGGAACUUAUGCCAAGAGAGAGUGCCACCACCUUUUCCUGUGACCAGGUGAGCAUAGUAAGAUGCUGGUGCUCCUCAGACCAUGAUGUGGGUUCAGUGCAAAGUCAAGGUUUGUAAAAAUGACUCUAGGGCUGGAGAGAUGGCUUAGCAGUUAAGGCACUUGCCUGCAAAGCCAAAGAACCCAGGUUCCAUUCUCUAGGACUCAUGUAGGCCAGAUGCACAAGG